UUUGAAUAGAAUCAUCGAAUUUCAUGAAAACUUCAGCGUUUUGCUGUAGCAGGUGUGUUACUUCCUCUCUGCCAUGGAUAUCUCCACUUAAGCUUAGGAAAGCUGCCGAACGUAAACCAGAUCCUCCUCCUGAAAUCGGUGUUGCUUCAAACGAAGAAGCUCGGAGGAAGCACAAAUAUCUCUCUCAUGAAUCUGCCAUCAACUUGAUCAAACGAGAGAAAGAUCCACAGCAUGCAUUGAAGAUAUUCAACAUGGUAGCGGAACAAAAGGGUUUUAAUCACAAUAGUGCUACUUAUGGAACGAUUCUCCAGAAGCUUGCUCAGUCGAAGAAGUUUCAAGCCGUUGAUCGAGUUCUGCAUCAAAUGACCUAUGAGACUUGCGAAUUUCAUGAGGGUAUAUUUAUUAACCUAAUGAAGCAUUUUUCGAAAUCAUGUCUUCAUGAAAAAGUGCUUGAGACGUUUUUCUCCAUUCAGUCAAUUGUUCGUGAAAAGCCCUCUCCCAAAGCAAUCAGCACUUGUCUCAAUCUCUUGGUUGAUUCGAACCAGGUUGAUUUGGCACGAGAGUUGCUCUUGCAUGCUAAGAGGAGUCUAACACGCAAGCCAAAUGUGUGCAUUUUCAAUAUCUUGGUGAAAUACCACUGCAAAAAUGGGGAUAUUGAUUCUGCUUUUGAAGUUGUUGAAGAAAUGAAGAACUCCAAGUUGUCCUACCCUAAUUUAGUUACAUACUCAACCCUGAUGGAUGGACUAUGUCAAAAGGGAAGACUCAGAGAAGCUUUUGAGCUUUUUGAGGAAAUGGUCUCAAAGGAUAAGAUCGUGCCUGAUCCCCUUACUUACAAUGUUUUGAUCAAUGGAUUUUGCCGUGGAGGUAAACCUGAUCGUGCUAGGAAUGUGAUUGAAUUUAUGAAAAAUAAUGGAUGCCCUCCAAAUGUAUUUAAUUACUCAGCCUUGGUGAAUGGCUUAUGUAAAGUGGGGAAAUUGCAAGAUGCAAAAGGGGUUUUUAUUGAGAUGAAGAGCUCUGGUUUGAAACCUGAUACAGUUUGCUACACUGCUUUGAUCAAUUUCUUGUGUAGGAAUGGGAAAAUUGGUGAAGCUAUAGAGUUGCUUAAAGAAAUGAAGGAAAAUGAAUGCCGGGCCGAUACUGUUACAUUUAAUGUGAUUCUUGGAGGCCUUUGCAGAGAAGGUAGAUUUGAGGAGGCUCUGGAUAUGCUCGAGAAACUCCCUUAUCAGGGUGUCUAUUUGAACAAAGGUAGUUACAGGAUUGUUCUAAAUUCGUUAAUCCAAAAGGGUGAGUUGAAAAAGGCAAAGAAAUUAUUGGGGCUAAUGCUAGGUAGGGGGUUUCUACCCCAUUAUGCUACCUCAAAUGAACUAUUGGUUAAUUUUUGUAAGGAAGGCAUGGCUGAUGAUGCUGCUAUGGCACUGUUUGACUUGGUGGAGAUGGGGUUCCAGCCGGGACUUGAUUCUUGGGAACUUUUGAUUGAAUUAAUUUGCAGAGACAGAAAAUUAUUGUAUGUUUUUGAGCUGCUUGAUGAAUUAGUGAUAAAAAAUUCUUGAUAUUUACAUUGUGAAAUGAGUAAAUGGGUUUCAGAAGCAAUUGCUGCUUAGAAUCCCUUCCUCACUUGUAUAGAAGUGUAUUCAGAAAAAACAGCAAUGCGAUUGAUGAAUUACAAAUGUGGCAUUCUCCAUCAACAAUUCCAAGAGGAAAUUUCAUGUAUCAAUUUCAACCUUGGUUUUGUCUCUCUUCAUUUUCAAGCUAGCACUUCCC